CACACGAAAGGAUGAGGUACUACGAGAAGACGCUGCCGGACACCGAUGAGGUGGUCAUGUGCCAGGUCCGGCAGAUUGCCGAGAUGGGUGCCUACGUCAAGCUGCUCGAGUACGACAACGCAGAGGGCAUGAUCCUGCUUUCGGAGCUGAGCCGGAGACGCAUCAGGAGUAUCCAGAAGCUCGUCAGGGUGGGAAGAAACGAGGUCGUUGUUGUCCUUCGAGUUGACAAGGAGAAGGGGUACAUUGACUUGUCAAAGCGACGUGUUUCGCCGGAAGACGUUAUGAAGUGCGAGGAGCGGUACAAUAAGUCCAAGGCAGUCCAUACCAUCAUGGCGCACAUUGCUGGGAAACUCGGCAGGCCGAUCGAAUCACUCUAUGAGGCGAUUGCCUGGCCCCUUGACCGAAAGUACGGACAUGCCUACGACGCAUUCAAGGUUGCUGUGACAGAACCACAAAUGGUGUUUGAGUCCAUGACCAUCGACGAGGAUGUACUCAAAGAGCUUCAAGCCAAUAUUGCGCGGCGAUUGACCCCCCAACCCGUCAAGAUCCGCGCCGACUUUGAGGUGACGUGCUUUGGAAACGAGGGCAUUGAUGCCAUCAAAAGGGCACUUAAGGAGGGGGAGAAGAUCGAGACGGAGACGAUUCCAGUCAAGGUUAAGCUCGUGGCGCCUCCUCUCUACGUUCUCUUGACAAAUAGCACCGACAAGCAAGGUGGUAUUGACUUGCUCGAAAAGGCACUGGAAAACAUCGAAAAAUCCAUCAAGGGCGAGGGGGGAGACUUGCAGGUCAAGAUGAAGCCAAAGGCCGUUUCCGAGACCGAGGACCAAGAGCUCGAGCAGCUCAUGGCCCGUGUCGAGAAGGAGAACGCCGAGGUCGAGGGCGACGAGGACUCGGAAGGAGAAGAGUAG